CGCCCGCGGCCUGGCCCCAGCCCCGCCCGCGCUCUGGCCGCGCGCUCACACACUGAGCCCGAAGCGGCGGCCGCGCAGGUCGGACCCGCGCCGCAGCGGCCGGAGAUGCAGCGGGAAGCCGCGCUGUGCCUGCGCCUGUGGCUCUGCCUCGGACUGCUCGACGGCGAGCGCGGUCUGGCAAGUGGCUACUCCAUGACCCCCCCAACCCUAAACAUCACGGAGGAGACAUACAUCAUUGACUCCAGUGACAGCCUGUCCAUCUCCUGCAGGGGGCAGCAUCCCCUCGAGUGGGCCUGGCCAGGGGCUCACGAGACACCAGCCACGGGGGAGAAGGACGGUGAGGACACAGGGGUUGUUCGAGACUGCGAGGGCACGGACACCAGGCCCUACUGCAAGGUGCUGCUGCUGCCCGAGGCCCACGCCAACAACACGGGCAGCUACCGUUGCUACUACAAGUACAUCAAAGCCCGCAUAGAGGGUACCACUGCGGCCAGCACCUACGUGUUCGUGAGAGACUUGGAGCAGCCGUUCAUCAACAAGCCAGACACGCUUCUAGUCAACAGGAAGGAUUCCAUGUGGGUGCCCUGCCUGGUGUCCAUCCCUGGCCUCAACGUCACGCUGCGAUCGCAAAACUCAGCACUGCGGCCUGAUGGGCAGGAGGUGGUGUGGGACGACCGCCGGGGUAUGCGGGUGCCCACACCACUGCUGCGCGAUGCCCUGUACCUGCAGUGUGAGACCACCUGGGGUGGCCAGGCCUUCCUGUCCAACCCAUUCCUCGUGCACAUCACAGGCAACGAGCUCUAUGACAUCCAGCUGUUCCCCAAGAAGUCGCUGGAGCUGCUGGUUGGGGAGAAGCUGGUCCUGAACUGCACUGUGUGGGCCGAGUUCAACUCGGGUGUCACCUUUGACUGGGACUAUCCAGGGAAGCAGGCAGAGCGGGGUAAGUGGGUGCCAGAGCGGCGCUCCCAGCAGACUCACACAGAGCUCUCCAGCAUCCUGACCAUCCACAACGUCAGCCAGCAUGACCUGGGCCCGUAUGUGUGUGAGGCCAACAACGGCAUCCAGCGAUUCCGAGAGAGCACUGAGGUCAUUGUGCAUGAAAAGCCCUUCAUCAGCGUCGAGUGGCUCAAGGGUCCUGUCUUGGAGGCCACCGCAGGAGAUGAGUUGGUGAAGCUGCCUGUGAAGCUAGCAGCGUACCCCCCGCCGGAGUUCCAAUGGUACAAGGACAGAAAGUCAGUGUCCGGGCGCCAUAGUCCGCAUGCCCUGGUGCUCAAGGAGGUGACGGAGGCCAGUGCAGGCAUCUACACCCUCGCCCUGUGGAACUCUGCGGCUGGCCUGCGGCGCAACAUCAGCCUGGAGCUGGUGGUGAACGUGCCCCCCCACAUCCACGAGAAGGAGGCCUCCUCCCCCAGCACCUACUCCCGCCACAGCCGCCAGGCCCUCACCUGCACUGCCUAUGGGGUGCCCCCUCCUCUGAGCGUCCAGUGGCACUGGAGGCCAUGGACCCCCUGCAAGACCUUCACCCAGCGCAGCCUCAGCCGGCGGCAGCAGAGAGACCACAUGCCACAGUGCCGUGACUGGAGAGAGGUGACCACACAGGAUGCGGUGAACCCCAUUGAAAGUCUGGACACCUGGACCGAAUUUGUAGAGGGGAAGAAUAAGACGGUGAGCAAGCUGGUGAUCCAGGAUGCCAACGUGUCUGCCAUGUACAAGUGCAUGGUCUUCAACAAAGUGGGCCAGGACGAGCGGCUCAUCUACUUCUACGUGACCAAUAUCCCUGACGGCUUCAGCAUAGUAUCCGAGCCAUCCGAAGAACCCCUAGAGGGCCAAGACGUGCGCCUGAGCUGCCGGGCGGACAACUACACCUAUGAGCAUCUGCGUUGGUACCGCCUCAACCUGUCCACGCUGCACGAUGCGCACGGGAACCCACUGCUGCUCGACUGCAAGAACGUGCACCUCUUCGCUACGCCGCUGGCAGCCAGCCUGGAGGAGGCGGAGCCAGGGGCGCGCCACGCCACACUCAGCCUGACCAUCCCCCGCGUAGCUCCAGAGCACGAAGGCGACUACGUAUGCGAGGUGCAGGACCGUCGCAGCCACGACAAGCACUGCCACAAGAAGUACCUGUCAGUGCAGGCUCUGGAAGCCCCGCGGCUCACACAGAACUUGACCGAUCUCCUGGUGAAUGUGAGCGACUCUCUGGAGAUGCGGUGCCCCGUGGCAGGGGCGCACGUGCCCAGCAUCUUGUGGUACAAAGACGAGAGGCUACUGGAGGAAGAGUCCGGAAUCUACCUGGCAGACUCCAACCAGAAGCUGAGCAUACAGCGCGUGCGUGAGGAAGACGCGGGACGCUAUCUGUGCAGCGUGUGCAACGCCAAAGGCUGCGUCAAUUCCUCCGCCAGCGUGGCCGUGGAAGGCUCCGAAGAUAAAGGCAGCAUGGAGAUCGUGAUCCUUGUCGGCACCGGGGUCAUCGCUGUCUUCUUCUGGGUCCUCCUCCUCCUCAUCUUCUGUAACAUGAGGAGGCCAGCCCAUGCAGACAUCAAGACAGGCUACCUGUCCAUCAUCAUGGACCCCGGGGAGGUGCCUCUGGAGGAGCAGUGUGAAUACCUGUCCUAUGAUGCCAGCCAAUGGGAGUUCCCCCGGGAGCGGCUGCACCUCGGGAGAGUUCUCGGCCAUGGGGCCUUCGGGAAGGUGGUGGAAGCCUCGGCUUUUGGAAUCAACAAGGGCAGCAGCUGUGACACUGUGGCAGUGAAAAUGCUGAAAGAGGGCGCCACAGCUAGCGAGCACCGAGCCUUGAUGUCGGAACUCAAGAUCCUAAUCCACAUUGGCAACCACCUCAACGUGGUCAACCUCCUGGGGGCGUGCACCAAGCCCAAUGGCCCCCUCAUGGUUAUCGUGGAGUUCUGCAAGUACGGCAAUCUCUCCAACUUCUUGCGUGCCAAGCGGGAGGCCUUCAACCCCUAUGCUGAGAAGUCCCCUGAGCAGCGAAGGCGCUUCCGCGCCAUGGUGGAAGGCGCCAAGGCUGACCGGAGGCCAGGAAGCAGCGACAGGGCCCUCCUCUCCAGGCUCCUGAUGGGCAAGGGCGGGGCAGGACGGGCCCCUCCGGUCCAAGAACCCCGGGACCUGUGGCUGAGCCCGCUGACCAUGGAAGACCUUGUCUGCUACAGCUUCCAGGUGGCCCGAGGGAUGGAGUUCCUCGCUUCACGCAAGUGUAUUCACAGAGACCUGGCUGCUCGGAACAUCUUGCUGUCAGAAAGUGAUGUGGUGAAGAUCUGUGACUUCGGCUUGGCCCGCGACAUCUACAAAGACCCUGACUACGUGCGCAAGGGCAGCGCCCGGCUGCCUCUGAAGUGGAUGGCCCCUGAGAGCAUCUUUGACAAAGUGUACACCACGCAGAGUGACGUGUGGUCCUUUGGGGUGCUGCUCUGGGAGAUCUUCUCCCUGGGGGCCUCCCCCUACCCUGGGGUGCAGAUCAAUGAGGAGUUCUGUCAGCGGCUGAAAGAGGGCACGCGGAUGAGAGCCCCAGAGCUGGCCACUCCCGCCAUACGCGGCGUCAUGCUGAGCUGCUGGUCAGGAGACCCCAAAGAGAGGCCUGCGUUCUCGGAGCUGGUGGAGAUCCUGGGGGACCUGCUCCAGGGCAGGGGCCAACAGGAGGAGGAGGACUGCAUGGCUCCCUGCAGCUCUCAGAGCUUGGAGGAAGGCAGUUUCUUGCAGGCGUCCACCACGGCCCUGCACAUCGCCGAGGCCGACACCGAGGACAGCCCGCCAAGCCUGCACCGGCACAGCCUGGCGGCCAGAUACUACAACUGUGUGUCCUUUCCUGGGUGCCUGGCCAGAGGGACUCAGACCCAGGGCUCCUCCAGGAUGAAAACAUUCGAAGAAUUUCCCAUGACCCCAACAACCUACAAGGCCUCCGUGGAUAACCAAACAGACAGUGGGAUGGUGCUAGCCUCCGAAGAGUUUGAGCAGCUGGAGAGCAGGUACAGACAAGAAAGCGGGCUCAGCAGCUGUAAAGGACCUGGCCGGAAUGUGGACGUGACCAGGGCACACCCUGACACCCAAGGGCGGCGGCGGAGGCCAGACCGCGGGGCGCGGGGAGGCCAGGUGUUCUACAACAGCGAGUAUGGGGAGCUGGCGGGUCCACAUGAUGUGGGGGACUGCCCACCAUCUGCCCGUGAACCCUUCUUUGCAGACGACUGUUACUGAGGGCGGCCCCCAGGCAAGGCCCCAAGACCCUGGGCUCUGACCCUUGGCACGGGUGGAGGGACAUGUCUGGAUGGCGAGCAGACGGUAGGGGGCCCAGGCUGGGAACUCCUCUCCUUCAGCUUGGGCCAGGAGGCAUUUCCUCCUCCCUGGUUAGGAAGAAUAAAACCCAGGCUCCAAGGCUCCCCAAACUCCAUCACCACGCCUGCCCUAGGCCACCCUUUGGAUCUCCCGGGGCCUUCUUCCCUUCAGACUCAGAUUCCAUGUAGCCCAACACCCAUGGGUCCAGCCCUGAUUGCCCUGCCCCCCAUGCUGGGUGGUGGCAUGGUCCCCAAUUUCUGACGAGGACUCCGUAGGUCUGAGAGUCACAGGGACAGAGGUGGAGCCAGACUUGUACUGUGGUCUCCCAGGUCCCGCCCCACCGUCCCCUGCACCUAGUCCCAUGAGAAUGGCUUUCUUGCCUCUCCAAGGCUGAAGACAGAGCUUUGUACUUCCAUCUCAAACAACAAAUGAGGAAUUGGGGGUGGGGUGUCCUCUCCUGAGCUGGCUGAACAGCUCGCCCUUCCAGGGACAGGGGUCUCUGCAGCACCAAGUGUCAGGGUCACAGGGUACCUUCCCCUGGGUGUUGAGAACUACCCAACAGAACUUUUUUGUUAGAACUUCAGACUAUUUGCGCUGCUGUGAAGAAUUUACUUUUCAAAUCUUUAGUCCCAGGGGAGCCCAGGGAAGGUCUUUCUGAAUCUAGACGACUCUUGUCUCUGACCCCUAGUCAGGUGCCACACCAACAUAGCACAGGCCACCAUGGCCACCUUUUGCUGGAGGAGGGCUCCAGCCCCACCUGCCUGGCCCAAAAGUGGAAGAACCAGAUGAUAGUCCAGAGCUGUCCAGCUUGAGAAAUGCCUGGUUCUUCCCUCUGGGUCCUCCAUCUGCCACCUUCCAAGCUGUGAACGGCCUUAUGAGAAGCCAACACCGUGGGACCCACUGAGGAAGGUCUUUGGUGCUGGCCCAGAGGACCCAGCAGCAUUGUGCUAUGCCGGGAGGCUAUCAACAGACUUUCUUGUGGCCCCGGGGACAAUCCUGUGUUCUUCCCCUGGUGUGUGCCCGAUGUCGGUGCUCAGGCAGGUCAAGCCUUCACAGGGAAGUGACCAGGACCCUCUGGAGGCUGGAGCUGCUCUGCCCGGGCCCCCACUCCCCAUUCCAGCACCCACUGCCCAGUCACCCCUACCUCCGGCAGGAGAGAGACCCUUCUCCAAUUAGCACCAUGGAGAUUCACAUCCCACCCCCACCCCACGAGACGCUUGCAGGACAGGCGGCCGUGCAGCGAGCAGGGGCUUGCCCGGCAGAACACCUCCCCCACUGCCCAUUGUGUAUUGUUCUUUUAAAAUAUAUCGAAUGCACGUAUGACUGUAAUCCUCACUGUCCCCAACGGCCCUCCUCCUAAGCUGUCACCUGACUGGGAGAUGUAAGUCCCAGGUUUACCUGGUGGAAGUCCAGAGGCCAUUCUCAGAGGGGCAAGGCUCACGAUGCAGGUGCAGGGGCAGCCCCCCAGUACCCUCCCUACGUGCAUAUCACCUGAUUAUGUCACCUCUCCUCCUGUCACAUAACUGUACACACAAAACUGGGAAGACAACCUACCGUGCCCUUAUAGACCAUGUGUCCUGAAAAGAUCUAAAGUAUUUAACAAAAGAUAAUAAUAAAUUUGAUGCCAGUCUUUGAGUUACAAUGAAUUGGUUCUCAGCUAAGUCCCAGCUAUGAAGAUGUGACUCCAGCCUUCUCAUGGAGUCAUUAGCCCCAUGAGACCACAGGACAGGCUACCCAGAGGAACAGGCACCAGAGGCGACUGUGCCCCGUCCCCUCCCCAGCUGUGCAGUUCCCCAAAGCCACCAGCAGAGGGCGCUUGGGAACCACCAGGAGGCCUGGCUGCUCUCCCCAAGCCAGGAAGCACCCAGCCUGGCGUCCUAUAAACACGUGGUAAUAUCUGCUUUAUGGGUAAAGUGACACAACUCUCUGUCCCCGACUACUACAGCCAAACACUGCUUCAGGCCGACCCAGGCUGCCACAAGUCCCCUAGUUUCACUGGGCCUAGCAGGUGCCUUUGACCAACCCCAUCACACACAGUGGGGCAGGCCCAGAGGGGUGCAGUGCACACUUAGGUCACCUCCCUGGUGUAAGUGUGUAUCUGGACUCCGAGAUCAGGAAGGUCUGAGCUGUGACUCCAGCUUCAGUCACCCCCAGAUAGAUGUGCUCCAGCCAGGGAUGUGUGGCAGGGCCCUCCACAGCCCUCCCCUGACAUGUUUGUGUGAUUUCCCUUCCCGAGUGAGCAGCUGGCAUAGAGGUAUCUGUGGAUUGAGGUGUAACCCUGGCCAUAUGAAUGUGGCCCAGCAGUAGCCUCAGGGGUUCGGGAGGGAGAGCAAGCAAUGACCCCUAAACCUGGUUUUGGCCUAGGGCCAGGUAUGUGGGGGACAGGCAGGGGACACCUCACCCAGGGGAGUAGAUAGGAAGGAGCCCAGCAAAGGUGAGGAGGCUAUCCUGUGGCCAGGUCCUAUGCCUGCUUGUCCAGGCCUCUCCCAUGCUGGGGAGACUUCUGGUUCCCUACUCCCCUCCUCGGGCUGUGAUGCCCACUGUCCUGGCCUCAUUUUCAACUCUGGUGGGAAGAUCCCCUCCCCACAAAGGCAGUUGGUAAUGAUAGGCUUGUUGUGGUUUUUGCUUCUAUAAUAAAUCUAAUCUGAAUGUGA